ACUGUGGAGAGCACGAGGAUGCUCGCAUUCUGACACUCAUCACUCUUCUUCUUCUUUUCUUUUUCUCCUCAUUCUCCAACGAUGCUUCCCGGGGACGUGAGCAGCCUGAAGCCUCGUCGUGUGUCGCUGCCGGUGCCCCCGCCGAGCCCUCCGCCGAGCCGCCGCCACUUCUCGUUGCUCUUGGGCAUGAGGCGGCGGCGUUCGGGCCCCGCACCGGAGCGGCGCGUCAACUGCGUCCUGGUGGGAGACGGUGCGGUGGGCAAGAGCAGCCUGGUUAUCAGCUACACCACCAAUGGGUACCCCGCCAGAUACGUGCCCACCGCCUUCGACAACUUCACAGCCGUGGUGGUGGUGGACGGGACGCCGGUCAGACUGCAGCUGUGCGACAUGGCAGGACAGAAAUGGGGAAUUGGUGAUGGAUCCAUCAAUGAUGAGCUGGAGCGUCUCCGGCCGCUCUGCUACCGAAACGCAGACGUCUUCCUGCUGUGCUACAGCGUGGUCCGACCCACUUCCUUCCGCAACUUGACCCAGUGCUGGGUGCCCGAGAUCCGCCGGCACUGUCCUGGUGCGCCGCUCGUCCUGGUGGGCACCCAGCUGGACUUGCGCGAGGACGUCCAGGUGCUGAUCCGUUUAGCUCAGAACCAGGAGUGCCCGGUGGGCUCGGAGGAGGGCCGGCAAUUGGCGCAGCAGCUCGGUGCCGCUGGCUUCGCUGAGUGCUCCGCGUUGACGCAGAAGAACCUCAAGGAGGCCUUCGAUUCGGCAAUCUUGGCGAGCAUCCAACAUAUGCAAGAUGGAAGCGAAGGCGACGUUAACGGUGGUGACAUCAACGGUGGUGGUGUAUGGCCACAGAGACGAACACUAAAGACGAAGACUCCCGACAAGAUCAAGAAGCUCUCGGAGGCCUGGUGGCGGAAGAUCCGAUGCCUGGUGGGGGAACAGAACUGUGAUCAGCUGACUGCAUGAUCAGGUCAUAGACAACUUUACAACAUUGACUGAAGAAAAGGCCCUAAAUGUCGAGAUUGUGUCCCUAUUGUGGUUAGCGUCACCCCUUUGAGAUGCCCAAGAAGGUAAAACAAAUACGUGACACGAAGAUGGAGCUCGUAAAUUCUUAGCGUGCAUGUCGGAAUGUGCAAAUGACAUAUACUCUUUCAAAAAGAUGUCCCAAGAAUAUCUUUCUCUCUCUGAGACUUUGGAGAAAGGAGUUAAGAACACAAUGCAACGAAACAUGAGCCCUGAAUCUCAAAACAAUGUCGAUGACAGAUCAGCGCUACAGAAAGAGGAAACAAAGCUAAGAUCUUGGAUCUUAGAUUAGUGCCCUGAGCAAGCGGAACGAGUUUUCACAAAUUAGUUUUCAUAAAUCGAAAAACUCGUGAAUUGCGGCACUUGUAAGUCAGAGUGCAAGUUGGUAAAAGAUCUAUGUGGAGAAUGGCAGCAUAAAACUACAGUAAAUGUGUACUGUAAGCAAUAAAACCUUAAUUCCUUGAGGGUAAAGCGCAUAUUUUCCUAUAGUUGUCAGAUGUGCUAAAAACCUGAGGGCGACGUGUUGAAGAGUUUCAGCUCACCAGUGAGCAAGCGGCUGAACAUCAUCUGGGGAUGAGCUGAAGAUUCUCUGCGUCUAAUUGGAGCAGACGGGCCCACCUGGGCGGGAUUACGCCGCCAUAUGGUGCGUGAUCGCUUCUCCGUCCCGGCUUUGUCCCCCGCUCGCUUAUGUGGGAACGCGAAAGCGACACUGUUGGUGUGUCAGCGUGUCACCAGCGUAGCGUGCGGUCCACUUUGGAGCCACAGAUCUCGUUAGUCAAAGAUGGCGGGAACAGUUGGCACCUAUGAGACUUUAAGCUACCAUAAGACCUUGAAAUACAAGUGACACGGAGUACAGAAUGGCUUACACUGGAGCUCCAUUUUGGCUUUGGUACCUAAACUGGAUCUCUAUAUUGAUUUUGGGCCUGAGACUAGAUCCUCUUUACAGGACUGUGGUACUUGGACUAGAUCUCCAAUCUGACUUCGGUACUGCACUGCUGUUUUCUUUUGCAACUUACAGUACAUAUUGGGUCUCUUCGGAUUCUUGUUUUCGCUUAAGGACUUUCCUUGGCGGCACGGUGGACGACUGGUUAGAGCGUCUGCCUCACAGUACUGAGGACAAGGGUUCAAUCCCCGGCCCCGCCUGUG